AUGGGGCCAGAGGCCACCAGAGAAGGCUCCAGAACCCGGCACCCCGCGGAGGCCACACUUGGCGGAGCCUCCAGAGCCCACGCAGCCCCGCCCGGCCGCCCCUCGGGCGAGGAGGAGAGGGGCCCCUGGCUGAGCCUGGGCCCCCUGCCCUGCCCUGGCACCGGGGACCAAGGGCAGCCGGGAGGCCAGGUGCCCGCAGCCCUCAGGACCCAGGCUGGCCUCGCCCUGGGCCAGGUGCUGGCCCUGGGCAGCCCCACGCCAGGCACGCUGGGGCGUGGCUUCUCGGCCGCCUGGACCGCGCUGCUGGCCGCGCUCAUGGCGCUACUCAUCGUGGCCACGGUGCUGGGCAACGCGCUGGUCAUGCUGGCCUUCGUGGCUGACUCGAGCCUCCGCACCCAGAACAACUUCUUUCUGCUCAACCUCGCCAUCUCCGACUUCCUCGUGGGGGCCUUCUGCAUCCCGCUGUAUGUGCCCUACGUGCUCACGGGCCGCUGGCCCUUCGGCCGGGGCCUCUGUAAGCUGUGGCUGGUGGUGGACUAUCUCCUCUGCACCUCCUCGGUCUUCAACAUCGUGCUCAUCAGCUACGACCGCUUCCUGUCGGUCACCCGCGCCGUGAGUCCGGGAGGAGGCUCGGGCAGCUCCUCCCGGGGCGCCGAGCGGCCCCGCUCCCUCAAGAGGGGCUCCAGGCCGUCGGCGGCGUCGGGCUCGCUGGAGAAGCGCGUGAAGAUGGUGUCGCAGAGCGUGGCCCAGCGCUUCCGGCUGUCGCGGGACAAGAAGGUGGCCAAGUCGCUGGCCGUCAUCGUCGGCGUCUUCGGGCUCUGCUGGGCGCCCUACACGCUGCUGAUGAUCAUCCGCGCCGCCUGCCACGGCCGCUGCGUGCCCGACUACUGGUACGAGGCGUCCUUCUGGCUGCUGUGGGCCAACUCGGCCGUCAACCCCGUCCUCUACCCGCUCUGCCACCACAGCUUCCGCCGCGCCUUCGCCAAGCUGCUGUGCCCCCAGAGGCUCAAGGUGCAGCCCCACGGCUCCCUGGAGCGCUGCUGGAAUGCCACGUGUCCCCCGGAGCCUUGAGGCCCUUCCCCGCCUUUCCAAUCCGGGCGUCUCGGGGAGACGAGACGAAGAAAACACCGCCGUGAACUCCAUGUUCCCGGAGUUUGCUCAGGAGACGGCAGCCAGGAGCCGGGGCUGGAUU